UUGAAACCAGAUUUGUUCUUGUGUGAUUUGAUACACAAUGAAGUGUGUUUAGAUGUGGCUUGGAAAUUGAAGAAACCCGCAGUUAAUUUGGGAAGAGUUCAUGGAAUCCCGUAUAAAUCUGAUCCAAUGUAUGGUUGUAAAGUAAAUCUGGAAAAUGAAUCAUUUUUAGAAAGACUUAGAUGUUUUGUAAUUCCACAGUUCAAGGUAACUUGGACAACUCGCUCUGCUAUUUUACAUUUAAAUGAAUUAAGAGCCAAACUAGGUAUCUCCCCUACAAGUCAUCCAUAUGCAAGAAUUAAAAACAAAUUAUUUUUGGCUGAUACAUUUUUUGGAUUUGAUCUUCCAACACCAUUAUCACCAAUUUAUACGGAAAUUGGACCUAUAUUGUCAGAUAAUUAUCCACCAUUAACACCAGAAGUAAAAACAUUUCUAGAUAACCAUCCACGUACAAUGUUUAUAUCACUUGGCACAUCUGUAUAUACUACAAAAAAAAAUAUUGGAAUAUUAUUACAAUCAUUUAUUGAAGCAACAGAGAAUGGUGUGAUUGAUGGUGUGAUCUGGGGAUUAUCAACUGUAGGAGUUGAAGACAUACCUGAAACCAUAACUUUAUCAAACGGCAAAGAACUCAAUACAAUGUAUAUAAUCAACAACCAACAUCCAAAUAUUCAAAUAUUAUCAUUUGCACCACAAUUCUCAAUUUUGGCACAUGAAAAUUGUAAACUGUUUUUAAGUCAUGCUGGAGCAGGCAGUAGCCAUGAAGCGAUGUAUAAUGGUAAACCUAUGUUGGUGAUGCCAAUUGCUCUUGAUCAACAUGGAAAUGCUGAAAGACUGGAAAAUAUGGCUGGUGUUUCUUUGACUUUAAGCAAGACAAAGUUAAAUGUUAAAGAAAUUUUAAUAAAAAUCCGACAAUUAUUAUCUGAAGAAAAAUUUAAGAUAAAUAGUGAAAGAAUGAAAUCCUUGGCUAGAAUUAAUAGUAAGAGAAAAUAUAGAGCUGCUGAUUUGAUUGAACAUAUUGAUAGCACAUAUUUAAAUGAAUGGAUCUCACCUAGCACAAGAAUGGGAUUUAUCAAAGGAAAUUAUUUAGACAUUUAUCUUGCUUUAUUUGCAAUAGCAUUAGUUAUUCUU